AUGAAGCAAAACAAUCCAACAUUGCCCACACCAAGUGUUUCAUCCCAACCUCCACAAAAUAUCCCUCAAGGAACGGUGCCACAAAUUGUUGGAUACAUGACAACAGGAGCUAAUCCACAAUUUCUUCCUGUCAAUUACGUCAAACCACAACAAUCCACAAUCCAAUCCACAAGUACAACACCAACAACCAGCCAUUCCUCAUCACCAAGCUGCAGCAAAACAACGAAAUCAUCAACUUCAACCAAAGUUAAUGAAUUAAAAGACAAGGUGCCUUGUAAACAUUGGGAUAAAUGUACCAAAACAAACUAUAGGGAUCAUGUUGAUCAUGGUGAAAAGUAUUAUCAUCCAUGUAAGAAGGGAGCAAACUGUUCCAUGAUUACUGAUUCUGUUCACAGAUCCAGAUUCGUCCAUCCAUGCAAAUACGAUUCAAAGUGUACUAAACUCCAACAGAAAGAGCAUUGCCUUCACUAUUUCCAUACAUGCCAAGAUGCUACUUCCUGUCAAAAGUAUCUAUCUGGAGAUAUUUCACAUUGCUAUUCAUUUAUACAUGAAAGCAAGGCAACCAAUUCAACCAGCAACACACAAGUGAAUUGCAUCUCUUCAUGGCCAAAGGAAUGGGAAAAUCCUCCCAAACUCUCCAAAAACCCUCUCAUGAAACCACACUUUCGAAUAGUAACACUUUCCACCUCCUCCAAAGAGUUUCAACAUUGUUCUCAGCUCUUUUCCUCAACCUCCACAGGUAAAACCAUUCUCAAAAUUGAACGAAUUGAAAAUUACAUUCGAUGGAAUUGGUACAGUCUUCAAAAGCAGAACAUGAAAGCCAACCACAAUGAGAAACAACUCUUCCACGGAACUCAACAACAAUUUGCUGAUUUAAUUGCCAAGGAAGGUUUCGAUGCAAGAGUGAGUAAUAGUGGGAAAUUUGGAAAUGGAAUUUACUUUAGUCCCAAUGCUUCCUACUCUCUCGGAUAUGCUGGUAAUAGUAAUAAUGGAAGAAUGUUCAUUGUGAGAGUACUUGUUGGUCAUUCAUAUGAUGCUAAUAUGAAUAUGAUGCAGACGAUUAAGAUUGCUCCGCAGGGAUUUGAUAGUGUUACUGGAUGGGGAGGACAGGAAAUUAUUGUCUAUGAUAAUAAGCAAGCCUAUCCUGAAUAUUUGAUUACCUAUCAAUAG